AUGACCUGGACCCUUCUGCUUCCCCUCCUCACUCUCUGCACAGGCUAUGUGGUCUCCUAUGAGCUGAUUCAAACACCCUCAGUGUCAGUGACCCUGGGACAGACGGUCACCCUCAGCUGCUCUGGAGAAAAGCUCUCAGAGAGAUAUGCUUACUGGUACCAGCAGAAGUCAGGCCAAGCCCCUGUGCUUGUCAUCUAUAAAGACAGCGAACGGCCCUCAGGGAUCCCUGACCGAUUCUCUGGCUCCAGUUCAGGAACGACAGCCACUCUGACCAUCAGCAAUACCCAGGCCGAGGAUGAGGCCGACUAUUACUGUUUGACAUCAGACAGCAGUGGUAAUUGUUGGAUUUUCGGCACAGGGACCCAGCUGACCGUCCUAGAUCAGACCACAACCUCACCUACAGUCACUUUGUUCCCACCAUCCUCUGAGGAGCUCCAAACCAACCAGGCCACACUGGUGUGUUUCAUCAAUGACUUCUACCCAAGCGAUCUGUCGGUGACCUGGAUGGCAGAUGGCAAACCCAUCAAUCAGGGUGUGGAUACCAGCAAGCCCUCAAAACAGAGCAACAGGAAGUACGCGGCUAGCAGCUAUCUGACCCUGACAGCCAACCAGUGGAAGUCUCAUGACACCUACAGCUGCCAAGUCACGCAUGAGGGGAGGGUCGUGGAGAAGAGUUUGAACCGACAGGAGCUUGCCUAG